AUGCUGGAGAAGGAGCCCAGAAGCCAGCAGGUAAAAAAAUUGAUGGGAAGAAGAGAGAUGAGAAGCAUUUCCAUACCAAAGGAGCCGGAGCAGGUGAUGCUUCAAAGAGACGGCUCCGUGUUGGGUAAAAAAACCAUCCUCAAGAGCGAUCACUUUCCUGGAUGUCAGAACAAACGCUUAUCCCCUCAGAUCGACGGUGCCCCCAAUUACCGGAAGGCUGACUUGUCACGUGUGCAUGGUGUUGCCAUUCCUACUAUUCAUGGCAUUAGAAAUGUUCUUGAUCACAUUGGAGCUCAAAUACGGGGGAACAACACUCAGGUCCUUUGGAUUAGUUUGCGAGAGGAACCGGUUAUAUACAUCAAUGGACGUCCUUUUGUGUUGAGGGAUGUGGAAAGACCAUUCUCCAAUAUGGAGUAUACGGGUAUCAAUAGGCAAAGAGUGGAGCAAAUGGAGGAUAGGUUGAAAGACGAUAUCCUUCUUGAAGCUGCAAGAUAUGGAAAUAAAAUCCUUGUAACUGACGAAUUACCGGAUGGUCAGAUGGUUGAUCAAUGGGAGCCAGUAACACUUGCUUCUGUGAAAACUCCACUAGAGGUUUACGAGGAACUGCAGAAACAAAACUACCUUGUUGACUAUGAGCGAGUGCCUGUAACGGAUGAGAAAUCACCCAAAGAACAGGACUUCGACAUUCUCGUGCAUAAGAUUUCACAAGCCAAUAUAAACAAAGAGAUUGUAUUUAAUUGCCAAAUGGGCCGUGGAAGGACAACAACUGGGAUGGUGAUUGCAACUUUGGUGUAUCUUAAUCGACUUGGUGUUUCAGGCAUCCCAAGGACCAAUUCCAUUGGAAAAAUUUCUGAUUGUGACUCGAGUAUUACAGACUACUUACCAAAUUCAGAAGAAGCAAUUUUAAGGGGAGAAUAUGCUGUCAUAAGAAGCCUCAUUCGGGUUUUAGAGGGUGGCGUUGAAGGUAAAAGACAAGUCGAUAAAGUCAUAGACAAAUGUUCUUCCAUGCAGAACCUCCGUGAAGCCAUUGCUACAUAUCGCAACAGUAUAUUGCGUGAACCAGAUGAAAUGAAGAGGGAGGCAUCACUUUCCUUCUUUGUGGAAUAUUUGGAAAGAUAUUAUUUCCUUAUUUGCUUUGCUGUGUAUCUCCAUACAGAACGAGACAUUCUUCAGACUAGACUUGCUGGCCGGUGCAGUUUCACUGAUUGGAUGAAAGCGCGGCCAGAACUCUAUAGCAUACUUCGAAGGUUGCUAAGGAGAGACCCAAUGGGAGCUCUUGGAUAUACAAGUUUUAAACCGUCCCUAACAAAAUAUUCUGCCUCUUGUGAUGACCGUCCACGUGACAUGGGCCAAGUUGCAGCUCUGAGGACUGGGGAGGUUCUUGGAAGUCAAACUGUUCUUAAAAGUGACCACUAUCCUGGCUGUCAAGACCCUAGUCUGCCAGAAAGAGUUGAAGGUGCCCCAAAUUUCAGAGAAAUUCCUGGGUUUCCAGUAUAUGGUGUAGCCAAUCCCACAAUUGACGGUAUACAAUCUGUCAUUCGACGCAUUGGCAGUGAUAAAGGUGGACGUCCUGUAUUUUGGCAUAACAUGAGGGAGGAACCUGUGAUUUACAUCAACGGGAAACCCUUUGUGCUACGGGAAGUAGAAAGACCGUACAAAAACAUGCGGGAAUACACGGGAAUUGAUUGUGAAAGAGUAGAAAGAAUGGAAGCUCGGCUGAAAGAUGACAUUCUGCGAGAAGCUGAUAUUUACCAAGGAGCUAUUAUGGUUAUUCAUGAAACUGAUGAUGGGCAAAUAUUUGAUGCAUGGGAACGGGUGAGCCCUGGUGGUGUUCAGACUCCCUUAGAGGUCUUCAGUUCCCUUGAGAAUGAUGGGUUUCCAAUCAAGUAUGCUCGUGUGCCUAUCACUGACGGCAAAGCUCCCAAAAGUUCUGACUUUGACAUAUUGGCUGCAAAUAUUGCAUCGGCAUCCAAAGAAACUGCUUUUGUUUUUAAUUGUCAGAUGGGUAUAGGAAGAACAACAACUGGUACUGUAAUUGCAUGUCUUGUAAAGCUUCGGAUGGAUUUUGGAAGACCUAUUAGAAUAUUACAAGAUAAUAGUGCAUUGCAUGAAAAAUUCAGUGGUGGCAUAUCAAGUGAUGAUGAAAGUGAAGGUCAUGGUCUGACAUCUACAGCAUUGACUGCAAAGACAGGAAGAUAUACAAGCUAUGCAUUUGGGAUCAAUGACAUUCUUCUGCUGUGGAAAAUAACAAGAUUGUUUGAUAAUGGGGUUGAAUGCAGAGAUGCCUUGGAUGCGAUCAUUGAUAGAUGUUCGGCUUUGCAAAACAUCCGUCAGGCUGUGUUGCAGUACAGGAAGUUAUUCAACCGGCAACAAAUUGAGCCUAGGGAGAGGAGAGUGGCUCUAAACCGUGGUGCUGAAUACUUGGAGCGCUAUUUUCGUCUAAUUGCCUUUGCAGCAUACCUUGGUAGUGAAGCAUUUGAUGGAUUUUCGGAACUGGGUGGAGGAUUAAAGACAACAUUCAAAAAUUGGUUGCUUGAUCGUCCUGAAGUCCAAGCAAUGAAGUGGUCCAUCCGAUUGAGGCCUGGACGAUUUUUUACUGUUCCUGAGGAACUGAGAGCGCCUCAUGAAUCUCAACAUGGGGAUGCAGUAAUGGAGGCCAUUGUUAAGGAUCGCAAUGGUUCAGUUCUGGGUAAAGGAUCUAUUCUGAAGAUGUACUUCUUUCCUGGUCAAAGGACUUCAAGCCACAUCUCAAUUCAUGGAGCACCACAUGUCUAUCAGGUUGAUGGUUAUCCUGUGUACAGUAUGGCAACACCAACAAUAGCUGGAGCUAAGGAAAUGCUAGCACAUCUUGGUGCCAAGCCUGCCAUGAUUGGAGAAGGCAUGGCCAGGAAAGUUAUUGUAUCUGAUCUGAGGGAAGAGGCAGUUGUUUAUAUUAAUGAAACACCUUUUGUGCUCAGGGAACUCAAUAAGCCUGUUGACACCCUUAAACAUGUUGGAAUUACUGGUGCAGUUGUUGAACACAUGGAGGCACGACUUAAAGAAGACAUAAUUGCAGAGAUUAGACAAUCUGGUGGCAGGAUGCUUCUACACCGAGAAGAAUAUAGCCCUGCAUCCAAUCAGGUCAGUGUCAUUGGAUACUGGGAGAAUAUAUUUGUAGAUGAUGUGAAGACCCCAGCUGAGGUAUAUGCAGCACUGCAAAUUGAAGGUUAUAACAUAUCGUACAGAAGGAUACCAUUAACCAGAGAGAGAGAAGCUUUGGCUUCUGAUGUUGAUGCCAUCCAGUACUGCAAGGAUGACUCUGCAGGGUCUUAUCUUUUUGUAUCACACACGGGAUUUGGAGGGGUUGCAUAUGCAAUGGCUAUUCUUUGUAUUAAACUUGAAGCAGAGGCAAAGUUAUCAUCUUCUUCUCCAUCGUUUGUGACACCGACGUCCGUGGACAAUAUUGUCUCUAGCACUUCUGAUGAACAAGCACGGAAAAUGGGUGAGUAUCGGGACAUAUUAAGCCUCACCAGAGUUCUAAUGCAUGGUCCUGAGAGCAAGGCAGACGUCGACAAUGUAAUAGAAAGGUGCGCUGGGGCAGGACAUUUGCGUGAUGAUAUCUAUAACUAUUCUAAAGAGCUCGAGAAAAUACCCAACGGGGAUGAUGACGAUGAUGAACUUCGAGCAUACCUUAAUGACAUGGGUGUCAAAGCUUUAAGGCGUUACUUUUUCCUGAUAACAUUUAGAUCUUACCUGUACUCUACUUCAGCAACGGCAAUGAGAUUCACAAACUGGAUGGAUGCAAGACCUGAACUAGGCCACCUUUGCAACAACCUCAAAAUCGAUAAAUGA